GCCAUGGGGAGGAGGAGAAGCCCAGGCGGGUGAGGAGCGAGCGCCUGGUCCGGGGAAGCCCCGUCUGGGGGCCAUGGGGGGCCAGGUGAGGCUGCCGCCCGGAGAGCCCUGCCGAGAAGGCUACGUGCUGUCUCUGGUCUGUCCGAACUCCUCCCAGGCUUGGUGUGAGAUCACAAAUGUGUCACAGCUGCUGGCUUCUCCUCUGCUCUACAGGGACCUGAAUUCCAGCAUAACCAACUUGAGCAUUUCUGCAAAUGUAGACAACAAAUACAAUCUUUAUGUAGGUCUGGUACUGGCCAUGAGUUCCAGUGUUUUUAUUGGCUCCAGCUUCAUAUUGAAAAAGAAGGGCCUCUUGCAACUGGCCAACAAGGGCGUUACUAGAGCUGGACAAGGUGGGUAUUCUUACCUCAAGGAAUGGCUCUGGUGGGCAGGAUUACUCUCAAUGGGAGCGGGAGAAGCUACAAAUUUUGCAGCUUAUGCUUUUGCACCUGCCACCUUGGUCACCCCACUGGGCGCUCUGAGUGUUCUCAUAAGUGCAAUAUUGUCUUCCUAUUUUUUAAAUGAGCACUUGAACAUUCAUGGGAAAAUAGGCUGCAUAUUAAGUAUAUUGGGAUCAACUGUGAUGGUUAUCCAUGCUCCGAAAGAAGAGGAAGUCGCAUCUUUGCAUGAAAUGGAAAUGAAACUGAGAGACCCAGGAUUUAUUUCCUUUGCUGUGAUUGUAACUGUGAUAGCCUUGGUGCUGAUUUUGAUCGUGGCUCCCAAGAAAGGACAGACCAAUAUAUUGGUCUACAUUUCAAUCUGUUCAUUGAUUGGAGCAUUUUCAGUUUCUUCCGUCAAGGGCCUGGGAAUUGCCAUUAAGGAACUAUUGGAAUGGAAGCCAGUUUACAAACAUCCCCUGGUCUUUGUUUUGCUGGCUGUACUUGUGCUUUCAGUGACAACACAGAUUAACUAUCUCAACAAAGCAUUGGACACCUUUAAUACGUCUCUUGUGACUCCCAUUUAUUAUGUGUUCUUCACAUCCAUGGUAGUGACUUGCUCCGCCAUCUUAUUCCAAGAAUGGUAUGGCAUGAAAGCUGGAGAUGUCAUCGGGACCUUGAGUGGGUUCUUCACCAUUAUCAAUGGCAUCUUCCUUCUACAUGCUUUUAAAAACACUGACAUCACCUGGAGUGAGCUGACAUCCACUAAGAAAGAAGUCUUCUCUCUGAAUGGCCGUGAAGACAAAUACGCCUUAUUAGAGAACAUAGAAUGUUCAACCUCAGAAUACAAUGAUGACAUUACCUUGUUUACCAGGACUAAUGAUUAAAGUAUCUAGAAACCCCGAACUUUAAUCAAUCUGAAACACUUGGAGAGGAGAAGGAAUACCUAAUUCUUGGAAGAACUGUUAGGAAAGCUGACUUUUUUGUGUGUGUGAAGCAGUUGCUUGGUUUUUUUUUUUUUCAGGGAAAGAUUCACCCUGAGCUAACAUCUGUUGCCAAUCUUCCUCUUUUUUUUUUUCCUCCCCAAAGACCCAGUACAUGGUUGUAUAUCUAGUUGUUAAGUCAUUCUAGUUCUUCUGUGUGAGCAGCUGCCACAGCAUGGCAACUGACAGACGGGUGGUGUGGUUCCACGACCAGGAGACGUACCCAGGCCGCCGAAGCAGUGAGAGCUCCGAACUUUAACCACUAGACCAUCAGGGCUGGCUCAAAGCUGGCAUUUUUAAAGUUCUAACUAGUAUUUAGAUGUGAGGCCAAAUAAAAAUGCCUUCAUUUUUGGCUGUCAAAUUUGAAAAUCAAGGUUUUCAUCCUCCCCCAGAAGACUCCUGCUGUUGUUCAUUUCUGCACACUUGAAAUAUUCCCUAUGCAUAAAAGAAAUCAAAGAGUUAGGUGAGUCUCAGAAUCAUCUCUUUCUUCUGGUCAUAAUAUAUUUGGCCCUGCCGGGUGGCUCUUAGUUUCUUUCGCUGCUAUUCUUAGCCUCGCAGUAAUUCCUAGAUAAACUUCACUGUGUGCUGAUAAGCAGCGUAUCAGUCAUCAUUCUCUGAUGAGUCGUAGUUCCAAAUUAUUAAAACUGAGACGUGAAUCACUUCUGCUUUUCCUCCCCUCCCACAACUUCCUUCUUUCUAAGCCAGACAGCGGAAGGGUAGAGGGUUAAAGAGAAAAAUAGGCCUGCUUUGGAAAUCUGUCCCUUGGUGAGCUAGAAUGCACAAGACACACGUACCAAUGAAAGGCUUAUGAAUUGUUAAUUUAUUGAUAUAUCAUAGAAUAUUAUUACUAAUUAAAAAGGGGAGAAUGGAGGAGGGAGAAAAAUAUUUUAUACUUUAGGUAAAUGAAACACGUUUUUUUUUUUUUCCUUUCCACGAAAACAAAAACAAACACAAAUACUUGUCUUCACUUGUUCUUUUAACUCAGACCUGGACAACAUAAGACAAAAUUGAGUUUCUGGAGAAGUCCAAGCAAAUUCACUCUUGGAGUUAUUUAUCUUCCUUUUGUUCCUUUCUUUCACUAUUAUACCAAAGGUCAUUUUUUGUUGUUGUUGACAUAUAGACUUUUGUAAAGUAAUUGCUAUAUUAUUUUAGGAUUAUAUUGUACACUUCAACUUUUCUCAAAUGUUUGAUCCUCAAAGGGUGGGUUUUCCACAGACUGUUUGAAAACAGCUAGAAAAAUCUUUGUGAAAAACCUAAAUGAGUUAUCAUAAUUGUUCUCUUGAAAUUUGACACUUUCACCCUUAUUAAGGAAAUUAUAAUUAGCUACUAACCUUUUUUUAAAUGUAUACAUCCUACCACAAUAAGUGGUAGAUUGUCUUUUUCUGUUGAAUUUCAUCCCGACCAUGUUUUCCAUACUUUUUUUUAGGUGUUUUGGGAGAAUAGGAAGGGAAGUUAACUUCCUAGAAAACAAAAUAUUCAGACCUCAGGGACUACUACAGGAAAAUACAUUUUGCGUAUUAAAACUUACAUAAAGUUUUUCUGUCUCCCUCCAAGGGCAUGGCAGGAAUAAUAUUUUUAGUGGUCUUUAAUGUUUAUGGACAGAUUUCUCAUCGCUCAUUGAUUUAAUGGAAAAGAAAUUAACCUUAUUUCUAGACUAAUCUUACGUCUCUCAAAACAAAACAAAAAUCCUAACCAAAAAGUUGUGUCAUUUAAAAAAAAACCAACAAAAACCCUUCAGGGUGAGUGGGUUUUUCUGCUCUAACAUCAAAUGUUAUUAGUUUUGUUUGUUUGUUUGUAAUCUAGUUCAAAUCUAUCCAGGGUAAUAAUAAUUGUAAAUUCUAUUAUUCAGAAUUCUAUCAAACUGACCUCGGCAUCUUUCCAGUUCUAUUGAACUAUGAUUGAUGUUCACAGUGACGACCUGAGGUGACUGCAUUAUAGUUUCUUCAGAAUAGUUUAGUAUUAAGUGCAAUUCAGUGCAUUCUAAAUUUUUGAAAAUUGAUAAUCCAUGGAAGAUACAUGGGUUGAUACCUCAGGUCAAAUAUGUGUUUACUCUUUUGAUUGCUAUUUCGCUUUAAUUGUAUAUCAGAUAUAUAAGCUAUGAACACAAGUUUGUAGGAAAAGUAUUUUCUGAAAAGGUAGUGUUUGAAAAUUGUAGAAAUUCUUUUAAAGUUUUUCUUUUUUCUAUUGAGAACUCUGUUGGUUUCUCUGGACCAUCUUGGUGAGGAAAUUAAUGGCAUCCAACCUGAGGCUGUGGUUGUUCUCCACACUGGUGAAUUUUAGUGUCAGAUAUUUCUUAAAUGUCACCUGUUACAAAGCUUUGCCCUUGGUAUAUUGCACCCAGGUUGAAGGCUCUUGGAACCCAAAAACCGGUGUGUACCCUGGAUUGAAAAAUGAACUAGUGUUGACAUAUAUGCCCGAGAGAAGGACUGAGAAAGAUUCAAUGAGUUGAAACAUGUUGAGAAACAAUGAAAUAUUUGAAAAAUUCUGAAAAUCCCUGGUGGGCAUAUGCAUUGAAAAACCAAAAUGUUAUUGCAAAUCUAAAACUAAGAAUUAAUUUUUCCAAAUGGGAAGAUACUGUUUAAGGAAGUAUAAAAUGCUGGAUCCAGAUAUUCAGAUUAACUACGUUAGUCUUAACUGAUAGUUUCAUAUAUGUAUAUAUUUUAAUAUUUAUACUUUACUUGUCUCAUAUAGAUAUCUUCUUAAGAUUUAUUAUGUGAAUAUCUGCACAUAUGUCAUUAAGGAUUACAAAGUUGUGCCCACACAGCCAAGUUGAAAACUCUUCCUAAUUAUGUAAACAUAAUAGCUUCAUUUUAUUUUUUGACUUAUAAUUUUAUUCUUAGGCCAAUGGUUAAUGAUUUUUAUUUUUAGUUCAGAUUGCAGAAUGUUUGUAAAACCCUUUAGAUUUAGCAGCAUGAAAUUAAAUUAACACCUAUGUUUUAAGAGUACUAAAUCAAAUACCAUGUGUCAUGCCUGAUAUAUAAUAGGCAUUUAAUAAAAUUUAGUUCUCUUUGAAUUAAUAUGUUAAUUCCUAUGGAGUUAUUACUGGAUAGGUGAGGACCAUUGGUCGCCACUUUUCAUACAUUCCUCAUCUUUUCUCAAUUUGUGUUCCAUUAGCUCAUUUUAAAUAAUCCAAGUGAAAAUAAAUUCCAGCAUUAUACUAUCUCAGCAUCAGCACAAAAUGAUUCCGGCAAAAAUGUUUUCUUUUUCUUAAUAAAACCAGUUAAACUGAACUAAAUGCAAUCUUCACAUUCCAACAAAACUUUGUGGAAAAGUAAUUUAUGUGAAUAUACGUGAACUGUUCUCAAAUAUUUUGAAUAAACUCUAUGGUCGUGAAAUUUUCUAUUUUUCAAAUGUUUAUAAAUACUGUUUGUUUUAGAAAGUUUACAAAUUUUAAAUUAAUGUUUCUGUAUAUUUUUCAUUUGCAUUAAAAUAGCGUGGUUUAAUUAUGCUUGUUGGAGUUCAGUUUUCAGUUUAUUGAAGUUAAGUAUAUGUAAUGGCAAAAAUAUCCCCAUUUAGUUUUGAGAUUAAAAAGAAAGUUUUGAGGGCCAGCCCCAUGGUGUAGUGAUUCAGUUCAGUGGCGCGUUUCACUUUGGUGGCCUGGGUUCUCGGGUUCAGAUCCCUGGUGCAGACCUAUACCACUCGUCAGCCACGCUGUGGCAGUGACCCACAUAUAAAGUAGAGGAAGAUGGGCACAGAUGUUAGCUCAGGGCUAAUCU